CGGGAGCCUGCAGCCGGCUAAAGAAGGACUGCAGUCGGGCCUCGUCUUCCCGCUCAUCGAAGACGAGGAUUUCCAGAUACAUACAGCCUGCCCAGUCCGCUGGCAGAAACCGGUUCAGCGCCGCUGGAAAGAAUGCCAAGCCCUUUCGGGCGUAUUUAUCGGGCCCGGCCCGCGAAUCCUCAGGCUACCUACCUACAGCAUCUUCGGUCCUACAGCCCCUGCAGCCGGCAUACCCAACCGCUGCUGCAGGUGCCAAUGUACUCUCGGAGAGAAAGAAGAAGAAAGACUCACCUACAGUACAAGCUUGUUUACCCGUCCUGCAAUCAUACGUUGGCCCCUUGGGCAGUGGUAACGACUAUGAGAGGUCCAAUGAACCCAAAAGGUGGACCUGACAGCCAACCCUUGUGCCCUUUGAUUGCUCCCCUCAUUCGCGACCUUUCCUGCAACCUUUCCUCAAAAUCGAUUCAUUGCUUCGGAAGUGACGUCGUACAGUCAGGCUCACAAUACAAGCCCUCUUUAUGCCGGUUCGUGGAUAUCAGCCUAUUGCUUUCCGGCUAUUACGAGGUCCCGUCCGUCGCCCCCCUACCGGCCAUGCACGUCCAACCCAAAACCAGAGCCUCAGGGGCCCAGUCUUGAAGUUUCAAACCCUCGGCCUCGGCGGCUCUUCGCCUGCAAAGCUAUAUUGUUGGCAAUCAAUCGGAAGCACGUUGUUACCCGGCUCGCCCAGAAGGGGGUGCAGUCGGCUCAUUGGUGCAGCA